GGCCAGAAAGCUUCACAUAGUUUUAGGGGGUGGAAGUAAACAGAAAAAAUGUAUUUAAGAUGCUUUGAGAGAGACUUAGGAAGCUCAUACUCUGACAGGAGGGGUCUGAAAAAAGGCUGAUUCUUCAGGCUCCACCUUCACAGGCUCACUUCAUUGGAAGAAAGCUAGGUACCAUUCUGCUGCAGCACUUGCAGCAAGUUUCCUACAUACCCCAGCUGCACUCAGACUGCCCGCAGUCAGUUGGGAGUUUUCUGUUGCUGUAAGCAAAAAAUGCCAGCAAGAUCCACUGUUCAGCUGGCAUGGCUCUGCAUUAUCACUGUGUCUGUUGCUGUCUAUCCAGCACUGCUGCAGAAGCCUCCUAAAAGGAGGACGAUCAAUGGGAACGGACAGUCCAAGAUGACGGGAUGCUGCGAUGAGAUUAAAGAGCUCAAGUUGCAAGUAGCCAACCUGAGCAGAAUGCUGCAGGAGCUGAGCAAGAAGCAGGAAGGUGACUGGGUGAACGUGGUCAUGCAGGUGAUGGAGCUGGAAGGAAGCACCAAGCAGAUGGAGUCCCGCCUCAUUGAUGCUGAGAGCAAGUACUCCGAAAUGAACAACCAGAUAGAUAUCAUGCAACUGCAGGCAGCUCAGACGGUCACGCAGACUUCGGCUGAUGCUGUCUAUGACUGCUCAUCACUUUAUCAGAGGAACUAUCGCAUCUCUGGUGUUUACAAGCUACCUCCUGAUGAAUUUCUGGGGAGUCCAGAUCUGGAGGUGUUCUGUGACAUGGAGACAGAUGGAGGUGGCUGGACAAUCAUUCAGAGGCGUAAAGUUGGUCUGACAUCUUUCAAUAGGGACUGGAAACAAUACAGGGAUGGAUUUGGCAACAUUCGGGGAGAUUUUUGGCUGGGAAAUGAAAACAUCUACCGACUUUCACGGCGUCCCACUGUUCUGCGGGUAGAGUUGGAGGACUGGGAAGGUAACAUACGCUACGCACAAUACAAGCAGUUCACCCUGAGCAAUGAAUUAAACAGCUACCGUCUUUUUGUGGGCAACUACACUGGCAACACAGGACGUGACUCCCUGAGGUACCACAACAACACAGCCUUCAGCACAAAGGACAAAGAUAACGACAAGUGUGUGGAUGACUGCGCCCAGUUCCGUAAAGGUGGAUAUUGGUACAACUGCUGCACAGAUUCCAACCUGAACGGCGUUUACUACCGCAAAGGAGAACACACCAAAAACAUGGAUGGUAUCACCUGGUAUGGAUGGCAUGGCUCAACCUAUUCCCUAAAACGGGUUGAGAUGAAGAUCCGGCCAGAGGACUUCAAACCAUAGAGGAAAUCAAUCCCUGAUCACACAGCUACAUGAUGCCACUAUAGAGAAGGUGGGCAACUGACAACUCCCACCAAUUAACUGUCCACUUCAUCUAGUAUGUGCAAAACAUGCACAGUAUGUACACACAGAGUCACUAAGGCACACCAAACACCAGAUACAGCCACCAGUGUUAUCAGGGCUCACACUUAUCUCCUCCUCUGAAGAUUCUUUCUAAAGGGAUAAAUACUGUGUUAGAAUAGGUUAGAACAAAAGGCAAAACACCUCCUGCGCUUACAGCACCUUCAGAAAACUUCCUGGUGUGUUUUCACUAGCAUUGCAACUCGUGGGUUGUACUGAUCAGUUAGGCAGGGACUGCAAAAAGAAAGCCUCCUUGUUCCCAUUCCAUCUGUCAAGUGUAAGUAUUGCUGCUUAGCUCCUUUCAAGAGGGAUUCAAAUCACAAAAGCAACAUAUUGGUCUCAAACCAAAUCACCAAACAGAAGUGUUCUUGAUGUACCUUUUUUCAGCUUACAUCCCCACAGAAGGAAGAACGAAGCCCAAACGUUCUCCAUAAGCUACUAUUGUGCAGGUUCUCUCCUGAAGUUUUACUGCCAUCUCCUGCUGCUGUCCCCACAGACAGCUGCACACAGCAGACAGUGCAUGGAGAAAGGAUUUAUCCCAUAUCCUAUACAAUACUUAUUCCUAAAGCCUGAUAAAACUAGAUUACAACAUUUCAGGCCACCACCAAAUUAUGUUCAUGUUAGGAUAUAGAAGUGUUCCAUAAGGCAGUAAGAAAAUAAGAAAACAGCAAGUUAGCAAAAAUAAAGACCCAGCCAACCAACCCCACUCCCACACCUGAAACCACUGUAUCCUUAAGCAAAACACUACUACACACCUGAGAACCCAAGUUAUUAAAUCACACUUCAUAGGCUGAGAAAUAUCCACAUUUGUUCUGAAGAUCUUCCUACUGAAAGUGAACUGGAGAUGUUAUGUUGAAAAUCAGUAUCUUGUUUCUCCCUUUUAUAACACAGUGUUGCAAAUAACAUUAAAAAAGGCUCCUCCCAUAGCCAUACUCGUUUGAAUAUGUUGGAAAAGAUAGUUAUAUUUAAUAUAUCUAUUUUUAUUCACCUUAAAGAGGACUUGAAUCUAAUUUAAAUUGUUUGGUCUCAUAUGAAAAUGGAGAUAGAAGUGUCAGAAAUUGCUUUAUGUAUGUUUGAUUAUUAAAUGUUUGACUAUUCAUACUAUAAAUUUCAGCUGCAUGGAACUAUAGCUGGAACCAUUUUAACUGUGGUCUAGAAAGAGGAUUUGAAAGAUUUCUAAACUUUAAGAUUUCUAAUAAAUUGCCUUUCAUUUUUAAUCUUGAUUUAUUUCAACUCUUUGCUCCUUAACUUGCUUUGUGGUGCACAAAGAAAUAACUGCACAACUGACCACAACUGACACACUGAAUUCGGUAUCUUUUCCUCAGAAAAAUAAAAGGACAAAUGAAACAAAUCAAAUAGAAGCUGGGAGCAAGGUGGGGAGGGAACAAGGAAGCAAACUCCAAGGAGUUAUAAGGAUUGAAAAAUGACAGCAUACAGACAAAGCCAAUUUUUGUUUAACCAAAAUCAACCUGUCGAUAUCAGCUCGGAGCAUUAAUGUUAAAAGGAUAAGAAAGAGAUUCAUGUUUGAAAACGUGUUGUUUAGUACCAAACCCUUCAGAGUUCUGAAGCCAAGAGGUGUAUUAUUAAGCAGAGCUGCUGGUAGGCAGAGAAGGGUUACACCACAGUGCAAUGGCAGAAAGCCUCCUGAAAUUAUAAUAAUAUGGAUCCAAAGUUAUAAUCUCUCUUAAAAGAAAGAAAUCUAAAGAAAUCACUUUAGCAGAACUUCUGUUCCUACAGUGAGUGACACUUUGUUCUAGUGUUUCUGUGGGCACACUCUGAAGUCAGGCUUUUGAACUCUGAGACAGCAGAACAAAGCAACUGCAAGAUGAAAAUGGAAAGAGUCUCAAGAGGGCACGAGACCACUCUUCUUCAGAACAUGCACAGUAGCUUCCUCUGCUUUGUUAUUAACUGUGCAUGUAUUCCAGACAGGGGGGUUGAAACUAAAUAAUCUUUGAGGUCCUUUUCAAAUCAGGCCCUUGUAUGAUUCCAUGAUUUUUGUUGACAAAGCUCAGGACAGUACGCUACCCCAUUCAAUACAGCGUGUUCAAUUUGAUAUAUGAAGAAUGAAGUCUACCUAAGCCAGAAGAGUAGAAUUUGACUAGAAAUUUUAGCUUCAGCUGUUCUGGCUUAUUUAUUUGUAGGUAUAGAAGUCUCUUUCAUUUAUGUUAAAGCCACUCCAAAUAGCCCCAUGCUGAACUUGAAGGUAUAAGGGAGGAAAUCAGAACUAUCUCCACCUUUUCAGCUUCCUGUAGCAGAAUUUAGCAGUCAGGAGUGUACAUCUACAAGCUAGAGAAGGUAAGCCUACAAUAGAGACUUGUGGUAGAAAUUCUAACAACUGUCCAUAUUCAUCUUCAUAGUUUCCUAAAUUGCGAAGUGACGUGGGAGCAAAAAAAUCUCAUCAGCUGUGG